AUGCACCCAUCUGAUGUUCUGCUGUUACAGAUACCCGCUGCGCUUGCAGAAUCAUGGCAUCUACCUCUCAUAUUUUUGCUUUCGUAUUCGCUGUAUGCUUUUGUGGGCUGGAACUUCAAACGAAGGAGGAUGCCUCCCGGUCCGAAGGGUCUGCCCUUCAUCGGUAGCGAAUACCAGGUCCCUUCAAUCAAACCGUGGAGGAAAUUCGCAGAGUGGAAUAGACAAUACGGUCCCGUUGUGUCUCUGUUUCUGGGAUCGACUCCAGUCGUAGUUCUUGGCAAAGCGCAACCUGCCUGGGAUCUUCUGGAGAAGCGCUCGGAUAUCUAUUCAAGCAGGCCCCGUUUUAUCAUGGGCGGUGAGAUCUUCUCAGACAACCUGCGAGGUCUUAUGUUACCAUCAGGUGAAGGAUGGAGGAAGUUUCGUAGAGUUCUGCAUGGAGGGCUGCACAGCCGCAAAGCGGAUACGUAUCGAGACAUACAAUCUCUCGAGUCAAAGCUCCUCAUGAGCCAGCUGUUGACUGACCCCAAGAAUUAUGAAAAUCAUAUUCGUCGGUAUGCUGCGAGCGUUGUCGUAUCUCUCACGUAUGGAAAGCGCAUCGAUAGUGUUGAUGAGUGGAUCGUAAAGGAGAACAUGGCUUCCAUGGCUUGUAGCCUCCCAGGAAAAUAUAUAGUUGAAUCAUGGCCUUGGCUACUCAAGCUGCCACGCUCCUUACAAUGGUUUCGCUGGGAGGCUGAAGAACAACGACGCCGCGACGUAAAGCUGCUCACCCAUCUUUUAGAUGACGUCAAGUCUCGAACAGCAGAGGGUACUUGUCCCCCUUGCCUUGCAUCAGAAACCCUUUCCAAGAGGGAAGAAAUGGGUGUUAGUGAACUUCAAGUGGCGUAUACAGUAUCAUCGCCGUUCGGUGCCGGUAUCGAAACAACAUUCUUCUUACUUUGUGCAUAUACUUGGUCAGUCGCAAUGUUACAUUACCCAGAAGCAAUGAAGAAAGCACAGGCCGAGCUCGAUGAAGUCAUCGGGCAUGAUCGUAUGCCAGGAUACGAAGACCGAGACACUCUUCCAUAUGUUCGUGCUUUGAUCAAUGAGAUUUUGCGUUGGCGGCCCGUCGCAGUUCUAGGCGGUACAGCCCAUGCUGUGACAGAGGAUGAUGAAUAUAAUGGCAUGUUCAUUCCCAAAGGCGCCUCAGUCUUUGCAAACAUGGCAGGGAUAAUGCAGGACCCUGAAAUGUUUCCAAGCCCCGAUACUUUCUGCCCAGAACGAUUCAUCACGACCACCGACCCACGUCUGCAGAGUUUCGAGCUCCCAUUCGGAUUCGGACGUCGCAUCUGUCCCGGGAUGCACCUAGCAUUAAACUCGAUCUUCAUCAACGUCUCGCGGAUCCUAUGGGGCUUUGAUAUUCGUCCCGUAAAAAAUGCACAGGGACAGGAUGUGCUUCCAGACGUGUGGGAGUUCACUAAUGGAUUCAAUUCGUGGCCCGUCAGCUUCGAGUGCAAUAUCAGUGCAAGGAAUCCGAAGGUCAAGGCUUGUGUGGAAAGGGAAUGGGAUGCUGCAAAAGAGGCCCUUGGGAAAUGGCAGUGA